ACGAAGCGGUUCGUCUUAAAGAAAACGCGGAGUAUUUGCACAAAGUCCAUGCCAAAUGAGUUCCAAGUGUGUUGGUGGUUAAUUGCAUAAAAACGCCUUAAAGAAAAGCAAAAGUGCUUUCGAAAGUGAAGUGAAUUAAAUUAAAAUAAAACCAAAGGGUUUUGGCAAAUAUUGCCAGAUAGAAGUACGAGUUUUGUUAUUUCCACAGCAUAUAAAUAUAUCCAGUGUUAAGUUUACUAUUACUUGGAUUAAACGGAUAAAUAGUGCAACGGAAAGAAGUAACUGUCGGAUUUAUUUGUUAUUGACUAUGUGCCAAGUUGGCCACAACCAACCAAAUCCACCCACUAAACCUAUGAUCUAGCCGAUUAUUAAAAUGUUGCUGCCCAUAUUCCUACUACUCUGUAUUGGCCUCAGUUUGAUCAAAGCCGAAAGUUGUCCCCCGUCGCAGGCUAUUUUACCUUGUCGCUGUUCACUGAGAGGAAAAGAAAUCCAGAUAUGGUGCUCGCACAGCAACCUGCCGCAGAUCAUGGACGGUCUGAAGGCCGUGGAGCGGAACAUUAAGGGGCGGAUCGAUGAGUUGGUGUUGGAGAACAACCAGUUGCCAGCUCUGCCGGGACGCUUUUUCGGCAGCCUGCAGAUUGUGCGCCUGAUGCUGCGCCACAACAGCAUAGAAAGGGUGUCCAACGGGUGGCUGAAUGAGCUGGAGAACGGCCUGGUGGAGAUCUUCGUGGUGGAGCCGCAACUGCGCAGUAUUCCGGCGGAGAGUCUGAACGGGAUGAUCAACAUGCUGGCCAUCACCAUCCAGAGUGACGAACUGAAGCACCUGCCCGACUUCUCGGGCCUUUUGAGUCUCACCUACCUGAGUGUCCAAACGGGGGCUCUGCAGGAGUUACCCUCCCACCUGUUCAGACAUCUUCCCAAGCUGCAGCACAUUCACAUCACCGGUGGUGGUGGACUCACCCGCCUGGAGGCGGGUCUCUUCGAUGGCUUGAUCUCCCUGAAGAACCUGGAUCUAUCGCACAACGGACUCAACUGGAUUCACCUACGUGCCCUGUCCAGAUUACCCAACUUGGUUAGCUUGAAGUUGUCCCACAACCAAAUCAGUGAUGUGGGCAUGGUGGGUCGCAUUGUCAAGGAUCUGGAGCAUCUAAAGAAACUGCGACUGGACCACAACCUCAUCUCUGUGAUCGAAGAUGGCUCCUUUGUCGAUCUGCCCAAUCUUUCAGAGCUUCACUUGAACGAUAACAGGAUUACGGAGCUGCAAUACGGAGCCUUCUUGGGCACUCCACAACUGAAAACCAUCUAUCUGCAGAACAAUCUCAUCCGGCGGAUACAUCCGGAGUCCUUGCUUCAGGCCAGUGGAAGUGGUGUGGAGGCGGUACACAUCUACAACAACGAGAUUGGUCAUGUGGAGGUUCUGAGGGCACUGCUGGAUGCAUUGCCUACGUUGCGAUAUCUGGACAUGAGUGGAAAUGUGCUGAGUGAGCUACCCUAUGGUGCUCUUCGUGGUCACGGCACCCUGGAGCAACUGCAUCUGAAUCACAACCGACUGAGGCUUAUUGAAAGGGAUGCCCUGAUGGCCAUGCCUGCUUUAAGGGAACUGCGGAUGAGAAAUAACAGUCUGUCUGCGGAUUUACCCCUGCCAUUUUGGAAUCUUCCUGGGCUCAAAGGUCUCGAUCUGGCACAGAAUCAGUUUGGACGGGUGGAUUCCCAGUUGCUGGCGGGGCUUCCUUCCUUGAGACGUCUAGAUCUCAGCGAGAAUGGUUUAACCGAUGUGGCGCCCAAUAGUUUUCGCCAUAAUCCCCUUCUCGAAACACUCAAUAUAUCCUCCAAUGAGCUGACCAAAAUCCACUCCUCCACCCUGAUACAUUUGGAGAGGCUCUUCGAAGUGGACGCCAGUUAUAACCAGUUGAAGACAAUGAUCGGAGGAUUGCCUAGGAUUGUGGAGCGCAUCUCGCUGAAGGGUAACCAAAUCACAUCACUACCAGCAGCGGCCAGCAAGGAUCUGCAGUUGCCCAAUUUAAGGAUGCUGGAUCUUAGCCAGAACCGCAUAGAACAGCUGCCCAGACAUGGUUUUCAGGGGGCAUCGGAGCUGAGGGUCUUGAGUCUGGCUCAGAACGAGUUGCGCCAGUUGGAGGAUACCUCGUUCAUUGGAAUUCAACGUCUGGAGUUGCUGCAUUUACAGGAAAAUCAAUUGGGUGAAGCGGAUGAGCGGGCCUUACUACCUCUGGCCGAAUUGAGGAAUCUCAACUUGCAGUCCAAUAAACUGGAGGCCAUCACGGACAACUUCUUCUCGAACAACAGCAGACUUGAGCAGCUGGAUCUCUCUAGGAAUCUCAUACGCAGCAUAUCCCCCACUGCCUUCGAUACCCAGAGGUCCCUCGAGUAUCUGGAUCUUUCGGGCAAUGCCCUGCUAGACAUAUCCGUGGGAUUGGGUAACCUGAAUAACUUGAGGGACAUCGAUCUUAGUUAUAACCAGAUAUCCCGUAUCCAAUCCGAUGUGAUUGGUGGCUGGCGCAAUGUUGUGGAGAUUCGUUUGUCCAACAAUCUCAUCGUAGAACUCCAGCAGGGCACUUUCCGAAAUCUGCCCAAGUUGCAAUAUCUCGAUCUUAGCAGCAAUGAGAUCCGUAACGUGGAACCUGGAGCUCUGAAGGCACUGGACGAACUGCAAGAAUUCGUCCUGGCCGACAACAAGUUGGUGGAGCUGAAGGAUCAUGUCUUUGAGGAGCUACCAAGUCUACUGGCCUCUCACUUUCAGUACAACAAGCUGCGCUACAUCUCGCCGGAGAGCUUCCACAAUGCCAAUUCGCUGGUCUUCCUAAAUCUGUCCAAUAAUCAUUUUAGGAAUAUGGAGAAUAUUGGUCUUCGGAGUAUGCGCAAUCUGGAAGUUUUGGAUCUGUCCACCAAUGGUGUCAAAUUGGUGUCCACGAUGCCGCUGAAGGCGCUAAAUUGGCUGGUGGAACUCAAAAUGGACAACAAUAGAAUAUGUCGUAUUCAGGGUUCUCCAUUUGAGACGAUGCCUCGUUUGAGAGUCCUUUCCAUGCGAAACAACCAACUUAGGAGCAUACAAGAGCGAACUUUCCGAAAUCUACGGGGAAACAUAGCCAUUUUGGAUGUGGAUGGCAAUCCCAUUGACUGCAAUUGCGAGAUGCAGUGGCUUUCAGUGUGGCUGCAGGAGACAAACUUUCCGUACCCGGGACCCAAGUGCCAGGAUGGACGCCUUCUGAGGGCGGCCCGCAUGGAGAGGAGUCUCUGCGUGGGUGCGGACAUCUAUGGAAACGAGCGGACCGAUGGCAAUCAGUUGCCACUGCUCAACGAGCACGGCGAUGUCUUUCAGCGAGAUUUGCCCGAAGAUUUCAACGAUGAGUGCGAGGCGAACGAGGCCACAAGACUGCCUGGAGGAGAUCGACCUCUGGUGGGGGAGAGCGAGUACUUCUACGACCAGUAUGUGGACGCCACCGAGGCACCAGAUACCGCCAACUCCGUGAUCAGUACUUCGCAGCGACCCAAACCCAAUCCCACGCUAAACAGCAAUAUAGAUCUGAACAACACGAUACUCCAUACGAAAUACUUCGAUCGCAGACCGCAGUCGGGAUCUGGAUCACCCUUUACGUUCUUUGGUUAUCCCCUGCCCAGUGUGAGUUUGGGUCGCUUUUUCGGUUUCGGGGAUCGAGGACGAAAACAGCGCACUGAUGGACCCGAUGAUAUGCCCGCCACCCAUCGGAUGGCACACAUUAGCCUGCCAAGUGGUCGUGGGAAAACGAGAAUGUAUCAGCCAAAUAGUGCUGAGUUCGAAAAGUACCUGAAGGAUCAGCAGCAGCAGGAGAAGCAAACUAUAGCCAGGAAUCGUUAUGUGGACACCGAGUCCACCACUUCGUCCGUGGAGGAUGCCCUGAGCAAUGAGAGUGGAAGUGCUGCCACCACAGUGGGUGUCUUUCGCACCACCUUUCGCGAGCCUUCGAGCAUCGAACGCGGUGGUUUCCGUCCCAUCGUUCCAGCCCAUGUGGGUGGUUUCAUGCCUGUACAUGAUCCUCAGCAGCGACGUGGUUUGGUGGAAGCGGUGAAUGUUACAGGAAAACCACCGGAAAAAGUACAGGGCAAAGGUGAGAGGAAGUUCAUUCCCAUUUCUGUUCAAGCACGACCGAAGCCCACCAAGAGUAGUGGUGAAAGUUCGGAGUCAGCCACUUAUGAUGUCACAGAAACCACGCCCGAUGUGACCACCACAACGCCUCUGAUGCAGAGGAUCACUACCAGUACUACUAGGGCAACCACAACGACAACAACAAAGAGUACUCCAGCCAGCAGUAGUACCCAGGUCACAACACCAAAUGAUGCCUCGUCGAGCAGUGAGCAGGAGCCAGAGUCGCAGUAUGAUGACGACGAUCUGGAGGCACAAUCCGUCACCCUGUUAAGACCACCUCCUCUGGGGCAGACCACAACGGCGGAGACGAUCCUAUUGAUUCCUCCGGCUGAAGAGCAUGUGGCACAGAUCAAGAGCCGCUCCUGGGUGACCACCUCCACGACGCCUCAGAGUCCCAGUGACUAUCAAGUAACUCCUGCCCGUCCUACGAGCACAGUGCCACCACCGCCACCUGCUUCUCCUCCAUUACGAGGCGGAGGCCGCUCCACCAUUACCAAGGUAUACACGCCCUAUCAGCAGCAGGUGGCUCAGCCCACGGCCGAGGAGUACCAGCGCACCACGCCCAGUGCGGAUAACGAGGGCGUGGCCAGCGAGCAUCAGCUCAUGGCGAAUGCCCAGAAGCGCACGGAGCUGGAACUUCUUCAGGUGGAUCGACUGGAUCGCAAGGAUGGCAUGGAUUGGUACUAUGAGAGCUUCAAGAAGAAGCGCGACUUCAACGGCGGUGCUGCUGUGCGGAAAACAGUCCACAAGGAGGUGUUCUACGAUGGAAUAGGUGCUUCGUCCAGUUGGAAUCGAUUGCACAAGAAGGAGAUCCUCUUUCUCAGCUUGUUAUUGUUGUGGGGAGCGUGUUAAACAGUUUUAUAAGAUCUUCGAUUUAGGAA